AUGGAAAUAAAGAGUGAGGGUUUGGGGGGGGUUGGAAAGAAGGGAGAGAUGUGUGGGGGGGGGGGGGGUGGAAUGAUGAGGGUUUAUGAUGAGUGGGAAUUUGGAAGAGGGAUAUGGGGGGGGGUGUGGGGGGUGUAUGGAAUGGGGGGAGGGGUGAGGAGUUUGGUUGGUUUUGGGGUGGGGUGGUUGGUUGGUUGGUGGAGUUGUGGUGAAGAGGGGGAGGGGUGGGAGGGGGGAAUGGGUGUGGGGUGGUUGUUGGGUGGGUUGGUGGGGUGGUUGAGAAGGGUGGGGGGUGGGGGAGGGGGGGGAAGGGGUUGGGAAGGGGGGGGAAAUGGGGAGGGGGGUUUGGGAGGGUUUGUGAGGAGGUAA